AAUAGGUUGUUCUGCCAAUUCUGUUAUCGCUGAAGAAGAAAUGGUAAACUCAACCACCAUAACAAUUAACAUAAUAAUGUUCCAUAUCUUCAAAAAUGUAUCAACAUAAAAGUGGGUCAAAAACCAUAAUUAAUUGAUAUAGUAUGUAAUAUAGUAUAGGCUAUAGCAGCUAGCGCACACAUGGUUUCCAUUCUGAGAGCGUUAUUAUCAACACCGUUAUUAUUACCCAGAGCAUCUCUCUCCAGAUUCAUGGAUUCUUCUUCUUCUUCUUGUUCUUCCAACUUCCACGAAGGAGGAUCCCAGAAGCUUCGGGCUUUGGCGCAGCAGCUCCGAUUCUACAAGCCACCGCCUUUUUCGGAGGAGGUUGAGGAACAGAGCAAUGAAGAAGAGUGUGGGAGCGGUAAGGUUGUUUCCCAAGUGGGAUUUCCUGAAUCGGCCACACCAGUGGCUCAGAACCCUGAAAAGUUCAGACCAAAGAGAGCUGCUGUUUUGAUCUGCCUCUUUGAAGGGGAUGCCGGUGAUCUUAGGGUUAUACUCACUAAGCGCUCUUCUAAGCUCUCCUCUCACUCCGGUGAAGUGGCUUUGCCCGGUGGGAAAGCAGAGGAAGGGGAUAAGGAUGAUGGGGACACUGCAAAGAGAGAGGCAAAGGAGGAAAUUGGGUUGGACCCUGAACUUGUCAAUGUUGUUACUGUUCUUGAACCAUUCUUGUCUAAGCACCUCCUCAGAGUGGUUCCAGUCAUUGGCAUACUUCAUGACAAGAAAGCAUUCAAACCGGUUCUAAAUCCUGCAGAAGUGGACGCAGUAUUUGAUGCACCUCUGGAAAUGUUUCUGAAGGAUGAAAAUCGGAAUCAGGAGGAGAGGGAGUGGAUGGGAGAGAAGUAUUUGAUACAUUACUUCGACUAUGAAACUGAGCAUACAAACUACCUCAUAUGGGGUUUAACUGCUGGUAUAUUGAUUAGGGCUGCGUCAGUUGUGUACAAACGGGAACCAGCUUUCAUGGAGCAGAAUCCUAAAUUCAAAGUUCCAAAGGUUUUAACUAAGGAUACUGUAAUGCGUUGAGUUCAAUAUUUACUUUAACUUGUCAUUAAUAUUUGUUCGUCCCACAAUAAUAUUUUACACAGCUAUAAAUUUCUUGAGUCAAAGGAAGCUGUUUUAUAUUUACUGAAAGAAAGGAAAAGGGUAUGACGAAGUUGAGGGUUUCGAGACCACUUAAAAGGGCGUGGAUAUCAACGAAUCCUAGAAGCAUUUCCUGAAUAUUGUUCUUUUUCCUCAGGUACCAUGGUCAGUUUGUUUUGUCAUCUCCAGGAUUCAUGGUAGUCUUACUCAUGUGUUGUGUGUCUGAUACUCUGAUCCAGUGCCUGAUUACACCAUUGAUAAAGAAAGUAACAUUUAUGGGUCCA